GCGUGUUAAUUACUCGCCCAGUCUUUUGUGCGGUAAACAACAAGUUUAUUUUCUUCUUUUUUGUCCCUUAUCUUCCUGUCUGUUACCCUCACUUAGCAAGACUUUCUAAGCUCGCCUUGUCACGACCCCCCCAAGCCCCUAACGAUGGCCACUGUAUCACUUGAUAAUUAUCUUGGAGAUAUUGUUCACCCCGUUGGUGCAGUCCAGCUUUCUGCGUUCUUAUCAAAACAACACGUCGCCAACUUCCUCAACAUACCUUAUGCCGAUGUCCCGACCAGAUUUAGACGGGCGACGCCUGUCUGUCUUUACAAGCUGCCUUCGCCAUAUGACGCAACACGGUACGGCCCACGGUGCCCCCAAGAAGCUGGCACACUGCACCUUGCCAUGAGCCACCUGUUUGAGAGGGUUUCGGAGGUGCAGCAGUUCUCAGACGAGACCAAGUGUCUCAACCUCAAUAUCUACACGCCGCCCUCGGCACUUGGGACAGGUGCUAGGCCACCUUUACCCGUGUUUGUAUGGAUUCAUGGUGGCGCCUUCAAUGCAGGCGACAACACGGUGCAGUUUGAUGGGAACCACCUGGUGAAGAGAUCUGUGGAGAUCAACCAGCCAAUCGUAGUCGUCGUCGUCAACUAUCGUCUUAAUCUCAUCGGAGCGCUCUCGUCGCGCGAGUUGAACGAGGAAGCAAAGGCUCUUGGCGAGACGCCCAUCCCGAAUCAAGGUCUUCACGACCAGAGAACCGCCCUGCAAUGGGUCCAGUCGUACAUUCACCAUUUUGGAGGCGACCCGGCUCGAGUUACACUGUGCGGAGAGUCGGCUGGUGCAUAUUCCGUUCUCUGCCACUUGAAAGGAGGCGUUCCCCUCUUCCAACAGGCCUUAAUCCAGUCGCCCCCCCUGCCACCUUUGAGAACACCAGAAGAAGCGCAAGCAGCGUUCGACAAGCUGGUCAUCUCAGCCGGGAGCAGUCUCGACGCGUCAAGCACCGACAAACUAGCCGCUAUCCGCUCCUUGUCUGUUCAGCAACUGGUGCAUCUGUUCGAUGGGUCCUUUUCGACCCCCAUCGAAGACCCGAACUGGUUCGCAGGCUACGACAGGAACAGCGCCGACAUUUCAGCUUACUGGGCUGAUGUGCCAUCUUGGUGUUCCCGAGUAAUCCUGGGCAAUACUCAAGACGAAACAGCUCUCAUGCUAGCACCUAUUGCCAACCUAACAGCCGAGGAGACAAUCGCAUUCACCAAAAGAGUUACUCCACAAGUCUGCGUGCCAGCGAGCUUGACGACGAGUCCACAUACUAAGCGUGAGCUGAUUGGAUGGUCAUCGGAUCAAGCGUUUAUCAGCCUACUUAUGAACCUCGCUUCAGCUGCUACUGCUCAGUCGCCGGCAACUAGGUUUUAUGUAUAUCGCAUCAGCUGUCCAGAUCCUUUCCCAGGCCCUCUGCGAGGCUAUGCUUGGCACUCCUACGGUAUUCCCUUCACCUUUAAUCAGCCCGCCUGUCGAACCUAUCCAGAGCUCGCCACAGUGCAGGAUGAGAUAACCUCGGCUUUCCUAAAAUUUGCACAUGGUUGCGAACCCUGGAAGGCUUUUGACGACGCACGGGAGGUAAUGCGCUGGUCUGAGAAGGGAGGGGAGAUGGUCGGCAGUGAAUUACUAGUAAGAUAAGUAAAUAACUAUCUAUAUUCUCAAGCCGAAGAUCCAAACAGC